AUGUUGAAAGGACGAACUAGAACAUGUAGUGGUGUCAAUGAUAUUAUCAGGGGUUACAUACAACGCAGUUGCCUAAAUAAAUAUUCUAAAUUAAAAAAAGAAUUUGAACAUCGAAUUACUGAAUUGACUAAAAAUUGUAAUAGUCUUUUCUGUAAAAAGUGCGAAUUAAAUAAUUGUUAUAACAAUAAUUUAUUACGACAUAAAUUACCUGAAGAUAGUGUUAUAAAUUUUUUUAUAAAAAAUUGUAUUGAUUAUCCUAAUUGUCGUAAUCCUACAGUAGUUCCGAAGAAAUCUGUUGCAUUAGAAAAAUCAAAAGACGUUUCUUGUAGAAAAGAAUGUACGGAUUGUAAUAAGAAUACGGAACAACCCAAAACAGAAGAAGAUAAAUUUCAACCAAGAGCUGACGCGGAAACCUCUAAAAUAAUAGGUUUAGAAAGAUCAGCAUCCGUAAAACAAGAUCAAGACCACGGAGAUGGGUGGAAAUCACGAUCAGCAAACUUAAAGAUACACCAUGAACAACACCUUCUCAUAUUCCUGUUGGAACCCAUGAUGAGGAUCCUCAACGAUUAGAUGGUAAUCUCCAAGGUGAGCAAACUGCUGCUGAUGGAAUCGUCGGAAGGUAAGAUGGUGUUCAAGAUAUUACCACUUCUGAAAAUCCCGAUGACAGAUCUACCAGUGAUAAAAUUGGUGCCGAUGAAAAAGCUACUACUGUUAUUUUACCUGCUCCUAAUAAAUGUCCUAAUUAUAGUAAUACCUCUUGUGAAAAUGGUGGAAGCAAAUAUUUUGGUGAUCAAAUUAAUAAUAGUAGAACUCUUGCUGAGGUAG